UAGGUAAAAUGGAGAAAAUAAUAUCCAAAUAGAUGGUCAAAAGUGCGGGAAAAAGAAAAUUGGGUGCUGCUGCGGAGGACCGGGAAAAUCCCAAAAAUGUCUAAUUUUUAAGGUGCAAAGAGAAUUAGGGAUUAGGGUUUGAAUCAAAGGGGAAAUGGAGGAAGAGAAGGGAACAACAGGAAGCAUAAACCUAAGCCUGAAUGGUAAAGAAGAGAAAAUAAAUCUGAGUGGUCAGGUUCAUCAUCUUCCAUGCUGCAUCAAAUUCAAUGGCCCUUGCACUGUUUCUCAGUACUUCAAACCCAAACUUAAGGGGAUGGAGAUUGAUGGAUUAGCAGUAGAGGAAGCGCAUUUUAGAGGAAGGAAGCUUCAAGGAACUACUAUUUCUCUUCCAAAUGGAUAUGCUGGCUUUGUUCUUGCGAAGAACAACUCUGGAAAGAGGAAAGCUUGUGAUGUAUCUGAAGGAAACUCAAACGAUUGGGAAAUGAAAGCCAAAUUUGAUAAAUUGACAUAUUGGAAUCAUGAUGCCCCUCCUUCAAAAGAUGAUCCCUUCUUGCGUUCUUUCCAUUGGUUUACUGUUGCAGAAGCUUUGCACAAACAAGUAAAAGCCGAAGACUUGGCUACUAUCGAUGCUGCUCUGGCGUAGAACUAAUGGACCAAUAGUGCUAUGCGAGGAGCAUCUUCUGAUAAUUGGCCACUGAGCUUCCUUGUCCGCUGGUAGUGACCAUGGAGAACAUUCGGUAAUCUUCGUCAAUGAUUUACCGUACUUGUUAUUUGUAACUAAGUUGGAGUUAUUAAAAUCAAGAAUCUCUUUUGAGGGAAGAGCACAAACUAGAAAAAGUCGUUAAUUCAAAUCAAUGGUGAAGCAAUACUAAUCUCUUUCAA